AUGGAAUGGCAACAAUACUUGUACUAUUCUUUCCGUCAUCUCGUCCCACUCACCUCUCCCAAGUCUCAUCCACACCUUAAGCUCAAGGUAAAGCGGGAUGACAUCUUCGGGAGGAGUGUCCGGGAGCAACUCGCUAAGAUGUUUAGUCUCCCCAAGUCUACCCUUCAGAAACCUCUCAGGGUUAUCUUUGAAGGGGAAAGGGGCAUUGACGAGGGAGCACUGAGUGUGGAAUUUUUCCGGCUCGUGUUUGACGAACUUCUGGACCCGGAAAAGAGCGUCCUUUUCCGACAUAUCAACGAAGAUGACCCGACCCAGUCACAAGUCUGGUUCAGAGAGGAAUGUCCCACCAAGGAUACAGCGAAGAUGUGUGGUCUGUUGUUUGGGCUGUCGUUGUUCAACAACGCACUUGUACCAUUGCCAGCUUUCCCACAACUACUCUAUGCGAAGCUGCUUGGAAAAGGCCCCAAGGAAGAAAUGGAGGAGAUUAGAGAGCUGGACAAGGACUUCGCAGAUCAAAUGUCGAAACGACUGCAUGAGACGGAGGAAGAGGUGUCUGGGAGUUGCCGUGGUGACGAGCUACAGGUAGAAAAUGGAGACAGAGUCGAGGUCACCAAAGCAAAUGUACACCUGUAUGUGAAGAAGAAGGUACGAGAUUACCUUGCUCCAUCGCAAUUUGCCGCCUUCCAACAAGGGUUCAACAAAGUCUGUGACAUCGGAGUCUUGGGUACUUUUAGUCCUGUCGAGUUCGAGGCCCUCGUCAAUGGCGAGAAAUACUUCGAUUGGGUUGCCUUUGAGAAGGUAGGCUGUAUGGCAGUAUGGCAGCCCUUAUGGAAUAAUCACAGUGUUGCCACACUAAUAACUGAGGAGACAACAAUGCAGAACAGGAUGUCCUAG